GCUACCGAGUCCCUGUCGCCUUUAGAUCUCUUCAUACGAGACCUGGAUGAACGAAAAGGCAAGCUACCUUAUUGUCAAGAAGUCACUGACAUUCAGACCAGUGUUGAAAAGUUCGUUAAAGCUCUUCUUUUGGGAGUAGAAAAAAAACUUCCUUUCUACAAAACAACCCUUGUAAACAGUGGGAGCUUUUAUGAAGGAACAAAAGUCGGAAAACCCGACGAGUUCGACUAUUUUGUUCAGUUGGAUAACUUCUCCCGACCUAAAGACAUUCUUUAUGAGGAAUUAGCACAUUGUAUGGUGAUAGUCAUACCGAGCGAAGCUGCUGUAAAAAAAUUUCGAAAAUUCAAUCCUAAUUGUUUCCAUUUUGAAUGGAAAAGAGAAGUGAAGUCGCCUUUUGUUGAAGCAUUUUCUUGUUUCUUAGCGACUGGGUUUAAGGCGUUCGGUUUGAAAAUAUUAUCCCACAUGUUGAACAGGCAUGGGCCCGCUUACACUUUGGAGCUCGAGUGGAAUGGAGGGGAGAUUUAUAAAGGUUUGAAAAUCAAAAUUGAUCUGUCUUUGGCAGUAAAGAUUAAUUCCCAUUCUUCAACAAUGGCAGUAGAUUUUGAAUCUGGAGCUGGUAAAGUCGUGAAAUCAUUGUUACAUACUAUGCCAUAUUACUUUGCCGUAAGUGGAUAUAGAAUGUAUAGACUUUCACCAUCGAAGUUAUUCAAAGAACAUAAACCUGGAGCUGCCGAGGAUUUGAGCAUAAUGAAAGAAAAUGACUGCUGUUUACGUUGUUCUCAGUCAUGUCUUGAACUGUCACUUUUCCGCGACCAUUUUGGUCCUGAUGGUGGACCAAGUGUUUGUCUCAGGGUGCUGAAGGUAUUGCGUGACAUGACUCUUCCAUAUGCCGAGGAUUCGUAUAUCCGUAACCUGAACCGAUACAAAUACAACUCAGUGGAUAAAAGAGAGUCAGAAUGUAUUGACAAGUAUGUGAGUAAAUUUUUUAAUGACGAUGAAAUGCCGGUCUCUGACUCAGAUAUAGAUCCAAAUGAAUACGGUAGUACCAAAUGGAUUUCGUCCUACACCCUUAAAACUCUUGUUUUGUUUGAGUGGAGUAAAAACCCAGAAGACGAGCAGUGGACUGGGAGCAACCUCACUCAACGUCUUGUGAACAUACUCCAUAAUCUUCUCAGUGCUUUAAAGAAAAAUAAAGGGAUAAGAAGCUUCUGGUAUAAAGACUAUAAUGCUCUGCCUAAAGAGGGGGAAGCCUUCCUUCCAGGAGCCAGAAACAGGGUGACCAUUAUUCGCAACUGUGUAUCAUCUUUAGGAAAUGCUAGCAACUACUGUUUUGAGAACUGUGUUCAGACUUUCACUAAUAUUCUAACGAUGGCUCGUCAGAAAAGAAAAUUGGCAGAUUUCUUGCACACUGCACUGCGAAAGAUUUUUUGGGAUAAAGUUAGAGAGGUUCUGGAAGUCUGUUGGUAAGAAAAAGAAAGAAAGGCCUUCUAUGGCCAAAGGUCAUGAAGCAAUUCUCGCGGACAUUUCUGACAUAGAUUUUCUUUGGGGUCCUGAUACAUUUAGUGACAUCUACCUUCAAGCUCUACUUGAUAAAAUAGCACCAGAAGAAGAUUUAGUUCUUACUUAUUACUAUGAAUGCAGGAACUCGGAACGGAUAGUUGCGUCAGGUAUUGACUGUCAGUGUACUAAAAAAGAAGCUGAGGAGAUUUUAAAGAAUGCAAGAGAUAUCUUUGAGGAAAAUGCACGUAAAAGAAUGAACGAUCUUGAUAAUCUACCAGACUACAGCCUCUGGUCACAGGAUUUUACACCUGAUGAAGUAACAAACAUGUUGAAGUUUUUGUGUGAGAACUUUGAAAAAGACCUUGAAAUCUUGCGGAAGAAACUCAAAACUGAAAAAGAAUCAAGAAAGCCUGGCACUGGCUUGCAAACGUGACAUACGUUUAUAAAGAUAACGGCGGGUACGAUUCUGGAAAACUGCCUAUAUACCUUAUACGCCUCCCCGAGUCUCAGGCUAUUACCCAACAUUUUGCUCUUAAUUAGAAAUUAGUGACAAAGUUGGUCCCUCUGCCAAUAUUCGCGGGGAAGGAGACCAAGAAAUUUAAAGUAACUGGUCAGGACAAAAAUAUUUUGCAGAAAGCACUUGCCUAUCUUUCGUAAAAUAAAAAUUACAGUUAAAUUAGGUCAUCGACAUUAAAAUGUGCGUUACAUAAAAGUGCCUUACGCUCAUUUAGUUCAAGUUGGUUCAGUGCCCGGGGGGGGGGGGGUACUCCCUUACAAGAGGCUAAUAGGAAUGUGCCGCUGGAUGGGGUCGCAUUUUCGCGACUGGAGUGACUACAAUGGGGUCGGAUUUUCAAUAGAUUUACUAGAAUGGGGUCGCAAAUUUCCGGUGUUUUGGGGUAAGUAGGGGAUUCAAAAUGGGAAGAUACUCUGUUAACAAAUCAGAAAGUUGCUAUUUAUUAAAUUUAACAAUAAGCUCGCAUUGACCGCAGAACAUUCCGCCGCUUGAAACCACAUUGAGAAGGUAGAUGCAUAAAUAGAAAGUGACUAAGUUGGGAUCGCGAAAAUUACAUUUUCCAAAAAGUGACUUAGAUGGGAUCUAUAUAAUUGGCCAAAAAAUAGACUAUCAUGGGGUAGGGGCUCUGAGAGGCCAGCGGCACAUACCCAGCAAACAUUAACCUAAGUACCCCCCUCUCCCCAGGGGUUCAGUGAUAGCUGAUCACGGUUUCGAUGGUUUCGUUUCGCUUGCAAUGCCGGGUCUAUUUAUAUCAACAUCUUUGUAACACAAUCUUAUUCUAUCAUGUUAGCUUUUAUAUACAAAAUGAAAUAAAAUGAAAAAAAUAAUGGCCCCUCUUGUCUAAACAGGGUAUUGAAAUGAAUGGUGGUUGUUGUCUAAAACAGGGUCAGCUUUCUCAACGGCAUCAGUGGCACACCACACCCCUACCGUGGGAUCAUGAUUAUUGUGUGACAUGUUGACGGCAACUAAGCUUGUGGCUGGCUGUUGUAAGGUUGCCCUUUUACGAAAAGAAAUGCGAGCCGUAUUGGAAUGUAGCCACAUAGUGGCGACAUCGCAAGUAUAAGUUUCCUUUUGUCCUUUGUAAGAGCAACGCAGCGUCUCAGUGCAGUCAAUGGUGGAGACAUGCAUAGCUUAGAAAAGGAAUUCAGAGAACUUGAUGUAAGUCCGCCGACGCGAAGAAAGACUGAGUCAAACACUGCAGAAACGUCUUAUAGAAAUACCGCUGCCUCGUCCCCGUCGCAUUUAGAUCUCUUCAUACGAGACCUGGAUGAACGAAAAGGCAAGCUACCUUGCUGUCAAGAAGUCACUGAAAUUCAGACCAGUGUUGAAAGGUUUCUUAAAGUUCUUUUACUGGCAGCAGAAAAAGAACUGCCAUUUUACAAAACAACACUUGUUGAAAGUGGAAGUUUCUACGAGGGAACGAAAGUCGGAAAACCCGACGAGUUCGAUUAUUUUGUUCAGUUGGAUAAUUUGUCUCGUCCUGAGGAAAUUCGUUUUGAGGAGUUAUCACAUUGCAUGGUAGCAGUGAUUCCAAGCGAUUCGGCUUUUGAGAAAAUUACAAAAACGCAGGAGGAAUACAAUCCUUCUUCUACUUUCAUUAGUUCUUUCCAAUGGAAGAAAGGCGUAAAGUCACUAUUUAUCGACACACUGAAUAGUAUAUUAGCCCAGGAGUUUGCAGCAUUCGGUUUCAAAGCAUGGGCCUGCUUACACUUUAGAGCUCGAAUGGAGCAGAGGGCAGCUUUAUAAAGGAUUAAAAAUCAAAAUUGAUUUGUCUUUAGCAGUUAAGAUUAAUUCUCAUUCUUCAACAAUGGCAGUAGAUUUUGAAUCUGGAGCUGGUAAGGUCGUGAAAUCAUUAUUAGAUGCGUCACCAGCGUACUACUUCGCAGUAAGUGGAUACUCUUAUCUUUACACCGUUCCAUUAUCAAAGUUGUUCGAAGAACUCGAAAAAACAAAGAAACAUAGAAUAACCGAUCAAUCUGAUUGCCUUUUGCGUUGUUCCCAGUCACGUCUUGAACAGUCACUGUUCCGUGAGCAUUUUGGUCCUGAUGGGGGACCAAGUGUUUGUCUCAGGGUGCUCAAGAUGUUGCGUGACAUGACACGUCCUCUUCACCGGGCUGGUUGCAAUGGCAAUAUGGAGUUCAAUUGCAAAAAUGGAAUGGAUGAAACUGCUUGGGAAUUCAUCACAGCUGAAUCAGUUUCUGGUAACUGUCAACGUGUCCAACAAAGUAACUUUGGGGAUGAUGAAUAUGAACCGAACAGUACCAGAUGGAUUUCUUCAUAUGCACUUAAAACCCUAGUUUUGUUUGAAUGGAGUGAAAACCCAGAGGACGAGCAGUGGACUGGGAGCAACCUCAGUCAGCGUCUUGUGAACGUAGCUACGUUGCUUCUUCACGUUCUCAAGGGAAAUAGGGGGUUGAGAAGCUUUUGGUAUAAAGACUAUAAUGUUCUACCAGAUAAUGUGCAAGGAUAUGUCCCGUCAGAAGCCAUCAACAGGGUCACCAUCAUUCUCAGAUUUCUGUUAUCCUUAGAGAAUAAAACUAAUGAGUAUUCUUUUGAACACUGUAUUCACAAUCUCACGACUUUGAUGGUGUUGGCCUCUCAAAAACUAAAUGUGACCAGUUUCUUGCAGUAUGCCCUCCAAAACGUUUUUCAUGAUAAGAUAGAGAAGGUUUUGCGAGAAGCAGUAGGUGAGAGAAAGAAACGGACUUUCAGUAACAGACCUCCCAAGAUGUUUAGAGAUGAUUAUAACUUUGAUUUCUUUUUUGAGGAUAAUGUGUUUAUUGGCUUCUACAUCCAAGCUCUUCUUUGUAAAAUAGCUCCAGAAGAGGAGUUAAUUCUUUCAGAUCAUUCAGGGUAUAAAAAUUUCCAAGAUCCACUCAUAAUUGUGUCGGAAACUGAAUGUCUUACCGAUGAAGAAGCUAAAGGGACUGUAAAGAAAGCAAGAGAACUUUUUCAGGAAAUUGCUCGUGAAAGAAUGAACACACUUGACAAUUUACCAGACUACAAUCUUUGGUCAGGGGACUUAAAACCUGACGAGAUUGCCAACCUGUUAAAGUUGCUGUGCGAGAACUUUAAAAAAGAUCUCGAAAUCCUAUGGAAUAAAAUU